GGUUUCAGUUGAGCGCACGUUUGUAGUGCUAUAGUAAAUAAACCGACUGGGUGGAAAGUGAGUCAGCUUACAUUAGCACAAUUUUGAAUCCCAUUUUUUGAAGUCACCUGUCUCUGAAUUUGUUAGACUGGUCCUUAGACGGUCUAUUUCGUUGCAGCUUUCAAGGCGUAUUUCCUCAUCGCAGUACUGGUUGUUGUUAAAGACACCAGGCGACUGCUUGCUACAAAGCCAGCCAGCUAGUUAGCAGGGCAGAUUCGCAGUUAGCUAGGAUAACGGCAUUUUUCAAGAGUGUGGCAGAAAUAUCAAGUAAGUUAAGUUACACUAUGACUUGAUGUUGAGUGGUUUAUAAAGGCAGUUUCAUCUUUAACACUUAAAUAGAUUAACUGAAACCUCUUAACAUUUAUAUAGCAUUUUGCUAACGCUGUGAAGCUAACCAUCCUUUGCUAACUGAACGUUAGCUGACUAACGUUAGCUCGAUCAGUUAUUGAUAACGUUAAAUUACUUCAUUGUAUUCAUUAGAAGUGACGUGUUGCGGCUGUUGUGUGUUAACUCAACGUUAGCUUGUAAAUGCACCUUAUUGAAUAGAUACAAACAUACUACGAGUCUCUCAUCAUACGUCUUAGCGAACCAGCUAGCUGCUACGCCUCUCCAUACAUUCGUCAAUGAAUUAAGUAACUAUAUUAGCCAUCUUAUUAGUAACAAAUAGGAAGCUGGUUACAUUUUGCAUAGGGUACCUUGGUGUGUCUGUAUGCAUAUUUUACUAAUGUAACUAAUAUUAGUUACUGCAGACAGGUAGUCUUGUUUGCUCAUCUCUGGCAAAUGCCACCUGCUUCAUUACGAGAAACAAAACUGAAAAUCAACUGUCAAGUCACCCAGCUAGCACAAGCAAGCUAGCUAGCUAGGCACCAUAGACCAGAUCCGACUACUGCUACUCGUAGGAGCCCUCCAUCCAGCCACGGAUCUGCAUGUGCAGUCUGGAACCUCAGUGAUACUUCAUCUAAGCUGCAAUCCGACUCCAUCAAAAUGUCAGAGUUCAGUAAAGAAGUAGUGGACUUGGUGUGGGGCAGACCGAACAGCAGCGGGAUGUCACCAUCCCUCUUUAGGAGAUGGACCCAGGGUUUCGUUUUCAGCGAAACGGAGCCUACAGCUCUGGAGCAGUUUGAAGGCGGACCUUGUGCAAUUAUUGUACCUGUGCAGGCAGUCCUGCUGAAAAACAUGCUGUUCAAUUUUGAGAACUCAAACUGGAGAGAGCUCUCAGAUGAGCAGCAGAAGUCUCUGCUGUGCACCACGCUGAGCGAGCUGCUGGAGUCGGCGUGCCAGACCCCGAGCCACACCUUCAGCCUGGCCGUGUGGACGCGCGCGGGCAAGGACGCCGACGAGCCGGGCGACGGGCCCGCGGACAUCGCCGACGGGCAGCGCCAGCCGGACGCCACGCAGGCGGAGAACGCCGCCGACCCCACCGCGCUCCGGCCGCAGCAGCCCUCCUCGGAGCCGGCGUCCAGCCAGUCCGCAGAGCAGCAGCUGCCCACUGCAUUGGCUGCUGAAGAUCUUGGCUUUGAGCGAUUUCACUCCUUGAUUCACAAGCGCACAUUAAACUCAGUGUGUGAACUGCGAGAGGCUGUGCUGUCCCUCUACGACAGCUGGAGGAACAAAUUUGGAGUACUGCUCUUCCUCUAUUCAGUCAUCCUCACUAAAGGGAUCGAGAACAUCCGGAAUGAGAUUGAAGACACUAGCGAGCCGCUCAUAGACCCAGUAUAUGGCCAUGGCAGUCAGAGUUUGAUCAACCUUCUGGUGUCGGGUCGUGCUGUGUCAAAUGUAUGGGACGGUGACAGAGAAUGUUCUGGAAUGAAGCUGAAAGGGAUAAAUGAACAGGCCACAGUAGGAUUUCUCACACUCAUGGAGUCGCUGAGGUAUUGCAAGGUGGGAUCAUGUCUCAAGUCCCCAAAGUUCCCUGUCUGGAUCCUGGGGAGUGAAACACAUUUGUCGGUGUUCUUCACCAAGGAGCUGGCCUUGGUGGCUCCAGAGUCUCCUUCAGAACAGGCCAGAAGAGUGUUUCAAACCUAUGAUCCUGAAGAUAAUGGCUUCAUUCCCGACACUCUCCUUGAAGAUGUUAUGAAGGCUUUGGACCUGGUUUCUGAACCAGAAUAUGUCAACCUGAUGAAGAGCAAGCUGGAUCCUGAGAGCCUGGGCAUAGUGCUGCUGGGAUCCUUCCUCAUGGAGUUCUUUCCAGAGCAGGAUUCUGGGAUUCCAGACUCAUUUCCUGUGUAUCACUACAAUGGCCUGAAGCAGUCCAACCACAACGAGAAGAUAUGUUAUGUGGAGGGCACAGCACUGGUGCUGGGUUUCGAGGACCCCAUGGUACGGACGGACGACACCCCGGUCAAGCGCUGCCUGCAGACCAAAUGGCCAUACAUUGAGCUGCUGUGGACCACGGACAGGUCUCCCUCACUCAACUAAGACGCCUCCAACCUGCACACCCCCCCCCCCCCCCAUUCACACAGACGCGCACACAUCCCUCCCCACAACUCAUAACAGGAAUGCUGGAACUUUCAUUACACACACACACACACACACACACACACACACCCGUACACACUUACGCAGCAAAAAAGAAGUUCACCGUCACAUCAUCAGUACACAAGGACCCCUGUACUCACGCCACUUAGGAGGCCACUGCAGUGCCUGAACUGAAAACAGAUAUGUAUGGACUCCUUUAUACACACACACACAAACACACACAUGUAUACUCAUGACUGUUUUACAUGUUUGGAAUGGCUUGUACAUUUUUUUUUUUUUAAAUAUAUUUCAAGUGUUCAUUUCUUAAAAUCCUUGGAAAUGCUGAACAAUUGAUUAAUAAGUAUUUUUUUAUUUUAUUAUUUUUGCAUUUUUGUUUGUUUUUGUUUCUUUGUUUUGCAUUCUCCCCUUCACCUUGCACUCUAAUGUUUUGUGUUAGACACAAGUUGGACUUCCUUAACCUGACUGAAAGCUGACUGAGACUGUCAGAAAUGUUGGUCUACUGGCACCAUGUUUAAGGGUUCCUUCUAGUUGAAUUGUUUGAAACCUCAGAGGAUAUUUAAGUGACUGGAGGACCAAAGCGUCGAGCUGGAUAUUACUUUUUGUUUUACUUAACAGAGAAAUGGAACAAACCCAAACACAUGCGCCCACUGGCACACACACACACACACACAAACACACACACACACACACACACACACACACACACAUCUACACACACAUCCACACACACACACACACACACACAUCCAUACGUACAUACUUGUAUGCGCUCAUACUUCUAAGAAAGAGCAAGACACACACCUACUGCAUAUGUGACAGGUGGGACAGGUUUUUUUUUUGGAGAGGAAGAAUGCACCGGUGCGUUACACUACAGAAGAGAGGAGGAGAUGGGAGUGGACUCUGAAACAGACGUACAGUAGCCCUAAUCUGGCACGGGUCUAUCUACUGGCCCCCCCCUACUUGAUGAAGCCAAAUGGUCCGCUCCAGAAGUGGCAGUGAUGAGGGAUGGAAUCAGGAUUGCUCACGGGAGAGAGAGAGCUGUUCGUUUUUCUUCUGGGUUGCUACAGGCCAAGAACGUGACGCCUGUUUCAGAGCACACUGGUUCGAUUUGCACGGGGAUGGGAUGGGGGGAAACUACCCGCAAUCGUUAUUUAUUCUGCCCCCAAUGGCUUGCCCAAAAAUAAACACCCCCUUUCUUCUC